ACAUUGACUCAUUCACUUACACUCUUCUCUCUUUCAGUUAAACACUUAAAGAGGAGAACUCCACACCACACACAGAUCCUCUCUUCAUUAGAUUCUUAUCGGAAUCCGUUUCCUGGAACCUUUCUCAUGAUUCUGGACUUCCAUUCCCACGCAUAUAGGUUCUUGCCUUUUCGGCUUUCCCCACAAACUUCAAUUCUUUCAAAUCGAAUCCAUUUCGAUAUUUUUUUUUGCCAAAACAUAAAGGUGUGUGGUAGAUGAACUAUUUGGGAUUUGUUGCAUUGAAUCUGAAAGAUGGUCGCCUUCGGGAAGAAGUUGCGAGAAUCGCAAAUUCAAGAAUGGCAAGGAUGCUAUUUGGACUACAAGUUAAUGAAGAAGAAACUCAACCAGUAUACUCAACAAAUUGAAGUUGGAACACAAAACCAUCCCCAUGUUCUUAAAGACUUCUCAAGAUUGCUCGAUAGCGAGAUUGAAAAGAUUGUCAUGUUUAUGCUGGAACAACAAGGAGUGCUUGCAAGCAGGUUAUCUAGUCUUGGAGAACAAUAUGAGUCUCUCAUACGACAAGAUGCUGAUAGAGAGAGAAUUUCUCAACUGCAAGAAGCAUACAGAUCAGUUGGACGCGAUCUCUUAAGAAUCCUAUCUUUUGUUGAGAUGAAUGCUAUCGGUCUGCGUAAGAUAUUGAAGAAGUUUGAUAAGCGGUUUGGCUAUAAAUUUACAGAUUACUAUGUCAAAACUCGCGCAAAUCAUCCUUAUUCUCAGUUACGACAAGUUUGCAAGCAUGUGGGUAUCGGAGCUGUUGUUGGAGCCAUAUCUCGCAACCUUGCGGAUCUUCAAGGAUUUCAACAGCAAUAUGAGAACUACAUAUCAAUAUAUGAUCAACCUGCUUUUUCUCACCCGGAUCCUGUCGUUAAUUCUCUAAGGGCAGCGGUGAACAGGUUGUCAAAUUCAACAAGUUUCCUUCAUUAUUUGGGAAAACAUGCACUUCUCAUGGAGGAGGAUUUACCAAUUCUAUCCGGGGAUCAGGCUGAUGACAGCAAAUAUCAUUUCAUGUCACUCAUCUUAAACUUGGCAAACACAUUUCUGUAUAUGGUUAAUACAUAUAUAAUUGUCCCAACAGCUGACAAUUACUCCAUGACCCUCGGAGCUGCGGCAACUGUCUGUGGUGUUGUGAUUGGAUCGAUGGCGGUUGCCCAGAUCUUUUCUUCAGUUUAUUUUAGUGCCUGGUCAAAUAGAUCAUACAUGAGACCACUCAUAUUUAGCAGCAUCAUUCUUCUGGUGGGAAAUACUUUAUAUGCUCUAGCUUAUGAUCUUAAUUCCAUAUCAGUACUUCUGAUUGGUCGAUUAUUCUGUGGGUUAGGUUCUGCAAGAGCAGUUAAUAGGCGUUACAUCAGUGACUGCGUACCCCUGAAACUGCGAAUGCAGGCUUCUGCUGGUUUUGUUAGUGCCGGUGCGCUUGGAAUGGCAUGUGGUCCUGCUCUUGCUUGUUUGUUCCAAAGAAAUUUCAAGAUUUAUAAGUUGACAUUCAAUGAAGACACAUUACCUGGUUGGGUAAUGGCUCUCGCGUGGCUCAUCUAUCUGUUGUGGUUGUCAAUCUCUUUCAAAGAACCUUCUCGUGCUCCAGAAGUGCCACGAGAAUCUAAUUCUGGGAAAUACGUAAAUAUUUCUGUGGAGAAUGGUUCUACACAACCGUUCCUUACAAACUCCAAAGCAAAGGAAAAACUUGAAGAUAGAGACACAGAUGGUGAGGAUGCCGAGGAAGAUGCUGUGCAAAUUCAGAAACCAGUCAAUUCAAUUGUGUCAGCAUAUAGACUACUAACCCCUUCAGUCAAGGUUCAACUAUAUAUCUAUUUCAUGCUCAAAUACGCAAUGGAGAUUGUGCUCGCUGAAUCCAGUGUCAUCACUGGAUAUUAUUUUGUUUGGUCAACUAGUAGUGUGGCAGCCUUUCUUGCAUGUCUUGGGUUAACAGUGCUUCCAGUGAACGUUGUUAUUGGAAGUUACAUCAGCAACAUGUUUGAAGAAAGGCAGGUUUUACUGGUAUCGGAGAUUUUGGUAUGCAUAGGUAUACUACUAAGCUUUCACGUAUUGAUCCCUUACUCCGUGCCUCAAUAUGUCGGCUCGGCGCUUUUAACAUUCGUGGCAGCUGAAGUCCUCGAAGGUGUGAACUUAUCACUCCUAUCUCGUGUCAUGUCAUCGAGGCUUUCUCGGGGGACUUACAAUGGCGGACUGCUUUCAACCGAAGCAGGAACCCUAGCUCGGGUAAUCGCAGAUGGAACAAUAACCAUAUCGGGGGCUUUGGGCGAAAGCAAGCUCUUGAACACCACCUUAGUUCCUGCACUCUUCAUCUGUAUCACUUCCGUUGUUGCCACCUGCUUCACCUACAACUCUCUCUACUAAUUUCCAUCCCUCUUCUCUUAGUACAAUGGAACUCUACACCUUCUGAGUAUUAAACCAAUGCCAACAAUGCUUUUUUAUUGGUGGUGUUUACAUGAAAAGUGAGGACUUGAAUCUCUUGCAAUAUGUUUUUCAAGUUCUCAAAAUGUUGUAGCAGCUUAAUAUAAUAACACAACAGACUUUAUUACAUGCCCAAA